UAAUGACAGUUGUAUGACAAUUGACAUCUACGAAUAUUUAUCAUGGCGGGUGAUGAAAGUGACAGUGAUCUAAAGCCCUCUAGUGUAGUGAUAAUACGAGAAGUGUAUGACAGUGAAAAUGCCCAUAUCAAAUUUGAGAUGGAAUUGGAAAGAGCACUUGAGGCUGGAGUGUGUGUCAUCGUAAUAGAGCCAGAACCUCUUGGCGAAGAAACUGCUCGUUGGAUUUAUGUUGGAAACCUUCUACACAAAGUAUCUCUAUAUAGUGGACUUUGUAGUGUCGCGACAGGGUUGACAUGGAAUUCUUUAAUGUGUACACCAUUUGGUAUUGUGUCAGUCCUUUGUGCUGGUUGCUACACUUUAUCCUGGCAAUGGGAUCCUUGUUGUAAGUAUCAAGAAGAAAAAGAUCUUCACCACCUUGCAAAAAUGCCAAUUUUAAGUGAUCUUACUUCUGCCUCACCAGUUGUGUUAGUGCGUAAAGAUAAUAAAAGAAAAGUUAUAUUUCAUAGCACAGUUUCAUUGGCCGCUACUGCAAUUUGUUUAUGGAGACUAUAUAACACAUUCAAAUAAUAUGCUUGUUAGAGGACAGUUACUGAAAGAGUCCAUUUUCAUCACAUUUCUUUUUGAAUGUCAAAGAAAUGUGAUAAUAUGUUUUUAAACUUUAAAUGAUAAAGCAGCUAACAUAAACAUUAUCUGCUUACGUAUAAAAAUAAAGAUUAAAGAAGUAGUAACAAGUAAAUGCACAAUACUUCUCUACUAUGGAAAUAGUGUAGAAGAUUAUAAUUAUUAAUCAAUAUCUAAUUAGACAGGAGUAAAUAUUUUAAAUGGA